AUGGCAGCCUGGACACUCGCAGACAUCGUCGACAGCCUCACGCGCAACCCACACCACAUCAGCCAGCCAGAGAUAUUCCACUCAUCCCUCAACAUCCUCAGAAACCCACUUUCCAUCCCCACAGCCACCCUCCACUCGCUCCUCGACCUGCUGCCCUCCGCAUUCGAAGCACUGCUCACAGCCACCCUGCGCGACGCCAACCCCGCCGACCACACCGCCUACAGCGCACACCGCCCACACCUCGAGCGCUUCGCCUUCCUGCUCCAGGCACUCGUCGAAGCCUGCGAGAAGCGCAGGACGACCGCCGAACCCACCUCCAACAGACCCACCCAAAGGAAACAGCAACAGAACACCACCUUCGACUGGGCACCCCACAUCCCCGACCUGCUCAACGCCCUCCUCAAGGCACUCGCACUCAAGACCGAGUUCAUCUGGCCCACCUCCCAGGACAGGGACGCGUUUAUCGGCUGCUUCACCAAACCCGUCUACCAGAUCCUCGAGAUCAAGCCUUUCGCCGACAGCCUCCCCAUCCGCAUCCCCGCCUUCAAAAUCAUCUGCACAGCCGCCAAGAGCCAUGGCCAGAUCUACAGCACUCAGACCUCCAUCCUCCAAAAACUCCAGUACUUCGACCAUCUCUCCGAAUACAUGGCCGAGCUCACUCACCUGCUCGUCGAAUCAAAGGACUUGCCCCAGCUAGCCGACGCCAUCCUGCGCGAGAUCAGCACCAAGACCUUCUCGGCCCAAGACAACAAAGGCCCCCGGAGCUUCUCGCGCUACCUCGUCAAGCUCACCACCCUCGCCCCCCGUCUAGUCUUCCGCCAGAUCGUCAUCCUCCAGAAACACCUCGACAGCGAAUCCUACGUCAUGCGCAUCUGCCUGCUCGAGAUCUUUGACGAUCACCCCGACAACCAGCUGGGCGGGGCCGCCGGAGGGAGAGAUAAGGAGAAUCAGUCCCAGGGCGUCAAGCUCGAUGGCUUCUUCAACCUCCUCUUCGAUCGCUUCUGCGACUCCAACACCUUCGUCAGGGUCAAGGUCGUCAACAUCUUCGAGGACAUCCUAAAGCUCUCUGUGCCCUUCCCCAAACAUCGCUUACGGCUGGCCGCGAUGGCGCUACGCUCAUUGGAAGACAAGUCUUCGCAAGUCCGCAAACAUUGCAUGACAGUGCUCAGCAGACUGAUCGAGACCCAUCCUUACGGGGUCAUGCAUGGGGGCGAGCUGGAGAUCGGCGAGUGGCAGGCCAGGUACGACGAGAUCGUCAAGGAGCUCAGCGUGCUCGAUCUGCCGGCCAACAACGGCGUGGACGAGGAAAGACCCGCCAAGAAGAACAAGACCCCAAGGACGAGCCAAGCUGCUGCAGAGAUGGACGUGGCGGCGGUCGACCAACAACAAGCGGCGCUCUCGACGUACGACUCGCAAGAGCUCAUGAAGCUCCGGCUGACCAAGAAGUACUACGCAGAUGCGAUCCAGUUCAUCCACAUCCUCCACAACGCCGUGCCGGCCAUCGAGAAGCUGCUGGCCUCCAAAGUAGCGGGGAACGUCGAGGACGAUAUCGCUGACGUCGUCUUCCAUGCUAGGGAGAAGGAACUCUUGUUUGGCAAGCAGUCUAUCCUCGCUGUGUUUGCGCCUAUGACCGUCCAGAUCUGUGGGCUCCCGGCGGUGUAUAAGAACGAAACGCUCCAGACGGCCGCAGCACUCUCGCUGGGCAAAUUCAUGUGUGUGAGCGGGGAGUUCUGCGAGAAGCAUCUGAUGCUACUGUUCAAGAUCUUGGAGACAUCGCAGAACCCGGCGGUGCGCUCGAACAUCAUCAUCGCCCUGGGGGACAUCGCGGUCUGUUUCGCGACGAUCAUGGACCAGCAUUCCGACGGGCUUUAUAAAGGCCUGGCCGACCCGGACCUCGACGUCAAGAAGAACACGCUCAUGGUCCUCACCCAUCUCAUCCUCAACGGCAUGAUCAAGGUCAAGGGCCAGCUCGGCGAAAUCGCCAAGUGCAUCAACGACCCCGAGAAGAGGAUCUCCGAGCUUGCCCAGCUCUUCUUCGACGAACUCUCGAAGAAGGACCAGAACGCUAUCUACAAUAAUCUGCCGGACAUGAUCUCGCACUUGUCCGUCGGCAAACAUGCGGUUGACGCGCCCCUGUUCCGUUCGGUGAUGGACAACAUCUUCAAACACCUCAAAAAAGACAAGCAAUCGGAGGCGAUCGUCGAGAAGCUCUGUCAACGCUUCAGACUCGUCGGCGAGCUCCGGCAGUGGCAGGACAUCGCUUAUUGUCUCGCCCUGUUACAGUUCAAGUCCGAGAAAGCGCUCAAAAAGUUGGUCGAUGGGCUGCCGUCGUAUCAGGAUAAGCUGUACGACCCCGAAGUGUUCAAGAGCUUCGAAGACAUCUUGACGAAGGUGAAGGCGAACAAGUGGGCCAAGGAGCAUGGCGACCUGGUCGAGUUCGAGAAGGCGCUCCGGGCCCAGAAGGAGAAGGGCGAGGAGGACCAGCUGAUGGAGCGCAAGGUCCACAAGAAACAGGCUGUCGUCCGCAAGCGUCGCCAGAAGCAAGCCGUCGCCCCGCCCCCGUCCCGAAAGCCAAGCCGCCCGCAACCCGGCCCGCUCGCUCCACACGCCAAAGUAGUCGCAGGAAUCGGAGAGACGCGACGCCGUCGUCGGACGACUAAGGUCGCCUCCGCCGCCCGCUCGGCUUGUCCGACCCCACACCGGCCUGGCAGGCCGCGCUUCCCCACGCUUGUUGUUGUAAUCCAGCCCCGGGCGGCCUUCUUGUGUGUUCUUUUGCCCGCGCGUCCUGCGCCCAGGCUCGGAAAGGUCCCUGCGGAUGUCGGGCCGGGCGAUGGAGCAGUGUACAUAAUUGGGCCCCCGCUCGGCCCGCUCGAGCGCGGCUUCGAGCGCGCUGGGAGAGCGCUUCCCGUGGAUGCCCCGGAUGCCCCUGGACGCCCUUCUGUAGGACCUGCUUGA